GGACCGAAAAAAUGGAGCUGAUGUCGAGAAUGGAAAGGCUUGCAGUACUACAACACCGAGCCCGGUGGUCCACGAAGCGGGAUCAAAUCAAGGCGGUCUAAACGACCGAAACGGUCCGGGAAGCCGAGGUGGAACAGGAAUACGAGUUUUAAAGCGCAACAUGAAACGGAACGGAAGCCGGAGUUGUGUAACUCGGAAAACUCGUUUUGGUUCGCGGGAGCGAGACUGGCUGAAGGGUGAUGCUCAGCGAGGCUGUGUUUGCCUGUAUGGAGCCUCUGACAUUCAGCUUUCAUCAUCUGGUCCCCAGGCCUCGUCCACAUCUCAGCCUGACCUACGACUGGUUCUCUGUUCCACUAGCACCACAGUGGAGGAGCUGUGUGCCCAGAGGGAGGUCCAGGGCCUGUAUCUACAGCUGCAUGGGGACCUGCUCAGGAGGCUGGACCCCUCUGAGCGCCCCCUACAGAUGGUGUACGACUACUUGACUACAUUGGGCUAUGAGGAUCUGCUCAGGGUCCAGCACGAAGCCGCCAACUCAGACCUCAGCUGCAUGAUCCGAUUCUACAGUGAAAAGCCAGUGAACGCGGAUCAGCAGGAACGCACUCUGCUGAAGGGAGUAUUCAGUGUCAGAAAGGGAAAGACGCAGCUGCACAAGUGGGCGGAGCGGCAGGUCAUACUUUGUGGCACCUGCCUGAUCGUAGCCUCCGUUAAGGACAGCCUCACGGGCAAAAUGCACAUCCUGCCCCUGGUAGGGGGGAAGGUGGAAGAAGUGAAAAGAAGACAACACUGUUUGAUGUUCAGCUCAGCGGGGCCCCAGGCUCAAACUUACUAUGUGAACUUUGACACUUUGGCUGAUCACCAGAGGUGGCAACGGCAGGCAUCCAAGAUGGUUUCUCAGACCAUCAGCUUGGUGGAUUUAUCAUGCUACAGUCUGGAACAGGUGCCGGAAUACCUUUUCUACAGCCAGGAUGUCACUAAUCUUAACCUACGUCAUAAUUUUAUGAGACUGGAUGGUCCUGGAGGACUGCUCAACCUGCCCAGGUUUUCACAGCUGAGGAGUUUAAAUCUCUCCCACAAUCGCCUCGGAGUGUUCCCAGAGUCAGUGUGCGAGAUUCUCACGCUUACUGAGCUCAACCUUUCCUGCAAUGGCCUCAGCUCUGUCCCUGUACAAAUCGGCAAUCUUCAGAGCUUACAGACCCUUUCUCUGGAUGGAAAUCACUUGAGCUCUCUGCCUGAGGAGCUGGGUGGCCUAGAACAGCUCAGCAGCUUGGGGCUUUCCUUCAACAACUUCCCUCACAUUCCCAGUGUGCUCGAGAGAGUCGUUGCUAUGGACAAGCUGGCUAUGGCAGGGAACAGGGUGGAGUCUCUGGAGCUUGGCAGCUUGGUUCGAAUGAGUAACCUAAAGAGCAUUGACCUAAGAUUGAACGGGCUCAGUUGUGUUAAAAGUGCAACUCUUGAGCCAGUGAAGCAGCUAACUCACCUGGAUCUGAGAGACAACUGUUUGACCUCUCUGGACCUCAGUUCUGUCUGCAAUCUGGAAACCCUGCACUGCCAGCGUAACCAACUGGGGGCGCUGACUCUGAGUGGCUUUACGUUACGCACACUCCAUGCCAACAGCAACCGUCUGGCUACGGUGAACAUUUACCCAGUUCCCAGUCAGCUGACUCAUAUGGACUUGUCAUGGAAUCUUCUAGAAUACCUUCCGGACUGGGUUUGCGACAGCAGGAAAAUUGAGGUGCUGGAUGUUUCUCAUAAUCACCUGUAUGAGCUGCCAGCCAGACUGCUCAGCAGCUUGAGUCUAAGGAAAUUGCUAGCUGGCAACAAUCAGCUACAGAAACUGCCUGACCUACUUGACCACAUCCCUCUGGAAGCACUCGACCUGCAGCACAACAAGCUAGCCGAACUCCCAGAGAGCUUCUUCUACAAGGCCUUAAAUUUAAAGUACCUGAAUGUGUCUGCCAACGCUCUGGAGACAAUCCCUCCCAGCAGCCAAUCAGAGGAAAGUCUGAGUACUCUCCAAGAACUGUACCUAACGGGAAAUAACCUGAAUGAGAACUGUGCUGCCCUCCUGGUGGGGCAUCAGAACCUGAGGGUCCUACACAUUGCCUAUAACCAGUUGAUGUCCUUCCCUGCCAGUAAGCUUAGUAAGCUGGAGCUGUUGGAAGAGCUGAAUCUAAGUGGUAAUAAACUGAAGACCAUCCCCUCUACUGUGUCCAGCUGUAAGAGACUACAUUCCCUCAUUGCACACUCUAACCAUAUCAGCGUCUUCCCUGAGGUCCUCAACCUGCCUGAGAUUAAGCUGGUAGAUGUUAGCUGUAAUGAGCUGACUGAGAUCAUGCUUCCAGACUCUCUCCCGGCCACGCUGCAGGAGCUUGACCUGACAGGCAACAGCAACCUCAUGCUCGAGCACAAAACCCUCAACCUGUUCAGUCAUAUUACAACCCUGAAGCUAGACCAGAAACCAGUUAAUACUGCAGGAGACUCGCAGAGCUUGUCCACUUUCUGGGAACAUGGAUAUGCCGAGAUGAGCGGCCAGCGGAACAAGCUGUGUGUGUCAGUUCUGGCAGUUGAUCGCUUUGGAGACAGCGUUGAAGCAGCCUAUGGGAUCUUUGAUGGCGACCGUAAUGAAGAGGUGCCUCGUCUGCUACAGUGUACCAUGGGAGAUGUCCUGUCAGAAGAGAUCCAACACACUAGUGUGGACAGUGUGUACAUGUGUAACACUUUCCUUACCUCACACAGGAAGCUUGGCAUGGCAGGGCAAAAGCUUGGAGCUUCGGCUUUACUCUGCUACAUCCACCAUGAGCCAUCCGAGCCUGGAGGUUACUUCAGUCUGACUGUGGCCAACGUGGGCACUUGCCAGGCUCUGUUGUGUCGAAAUGGGCAGCCUUUGCCCCUGUCAAAGGUCUUCAGUCUAGAGCAGAGUGCCGAGGAGAUGGAGCGGGUCAAACUGGCCAAGGCUAUCAUCACUGAGGAUAACAAGGUUAGUGGGGUGACUUGCAGCUCUCGCCUUCUUGGCUGUUCUUAUUUGUACCCUUGGGUGCUGCCCAAACCUUGGGUGCACACAGAGCCCCUGUGUUCCCAAGAUGAGUUCCUGAUUCUGGGGAACAGGGCACUCUUCCAGAAAUUGUCCUACCAAGAGGCUGUGAGUACUGUGCUUGCUGUCAGAGAUCCCCGGGCUGCUGCCAAAAAACUCUGCACACUUGCCCAGAGUUACGGUUGCCGGGAUAACGUGGGAGCGGUGGUGGUGGCCUUGCACAUUGGAGUUGACAGCUGCACCUGUGAGCAUCCUCUGUCCACCUCUGAGGGCAAAGGGCCAUCUGCUCCAACCCCCGUGCCCAUUUCUGUGCCCUCUAGCGACCUGGCCACACCUUCCUCCAGCAGUGGAAUUGCCUCAGAAUUCAACAGCGAGACAUCUGCGUCAGAGGUAGGCAGUGAGGCAGGAUCAACAGCCUCUGAUGAGCAUCCCUCCUCUGGCCCAAACGCCCGGCCUGAGCGACGUUGCAGCCUUCAUCCAGUUGCCACUCUGCACAGCAGUGGGGGUCCAGGUAGCCUGGGGUCAGGGACCCACCCAGGUCUGUUCCAGCGGCAGCCCUCCUCAGCCACAUUCUCCAGCAAUCAAUCUGACAAUGGGCUGGAUAGUGAUGAUGAGACCCCAUUACAGGGUGUGAUAUCUAAUGGUAGUAAGCUGGAGGUUGAAGUAGACAUCCAUUGUUGUGCUUUUCAGCUGCGCUCUGGACCCCCUGAGAGUCCCAAGGACCACGACCUUCGUAGUGAGUCUCGGAACUCAGACUACAGCAACAGUAAGAUGCGUCGGCAAAACAGUGUGGUGGUGUCAGCCACCAAUGGCUGCCUUCUGGCUGUAUGUGGAAGAGAGAUCUCUGACCUGAAAAAGUCACCUUCCACCUCUAGCCUCUUUGGUAAGAAGCUCUCCAAUGGCUCAGUGGUAGCCCCAGAGGACAGCCACAACCUCAUUGAGGUAGCUUUGGAAGCUCCAAAGAAGAAAUCUGGUUAUUUUGCAGCCCCUGCUCAGCAAGACCCAGAGGACCAGCUAGUUGUUCCCCCAAAUCUUGAACAAGACGUUAGAGAGCAACUGAGAGGUCAGAGUCCUGUGGUGCUGGGACCACCACCUUCUGAAAUGCCUCUGUCCAUUAGGGACCCAGACUGGGGACAUCCUCAUACCCCUGCUCCAGGCUUCCCUCCACGAGACCUUCCUCCUACCACAGCUCUUCAGCAGGAAGUCUAUGACACUGCCCUGUAGA